CCCCCAAAGAGACAAAACUCCAUUUUUCUUAUGAAUGGGAAAGUGAAAAAAUCCGAUCUGCUUUAAAUUAGUAUCCCUUCUUCCUGUAGCAGGAGGACCCCCUUGGAAAAUUUAAAAGAAAGGGGGGGAUCCGCCAACAAGGAAGGAAGAAAAAAAAAAAAAUAAAUUAAAGAGAGAGAGAAAAAAAAAUCUCCCCCAAAAAAUAAAGGCAGGAAAAAAAAGGAAGAGAGAAGCAAUGACCAUGACUACUAUGCCAGAAAGUCUUAACAGCCCGGUGUCAGGGAAGGCGGUGUUCAUGGAGUUUGGGCCACCGAACCAGCAGAUGCCACCUUCCCCCAUGUCCCAUGGACACUACUCCAUGCACUGCCUGCACUCCCAGCAUGACAGCUCGUACAGCGGAGCCUCGUCCUUCUCCAGACCUCUGGGUUACCCCUAUGUGAAUUCGGUGAGCAGCCAUUCCUCUAACCCCUACAUCAGUACCGUGCAGCCCUACCCCAACAGCUCCAGCCUCAGCCAGAGCCGCUUAGAGGAGACAGGGGCAGACACAGAGAAGAGCACGGUGGUGGAAGGUGGGGAGGUUCGCUUCAAUGGCAAAGGGAAAAAGAUCCGCAAACCCAGGACUAUCUACUCCAGUCUCCAGCUGCAGGCACUGAAUAGGCGGUUCCAGCAGACACAGUACUUGGCAUUACCCGAGAGAGCAGAACUGGCAGCAUCCCUGGGACUCACCCAGACACAGGUAAAGAUCUGGUUUCAAAACAAGAGAUCCAAAUUCAAGAAGCUGAUGAAGCAGGGGGGGUCAGCAUUGGAAAGCAGCGGAUUAGCUAAUGGUCGGUCACUAUCAGCCGGGUCCCCUCCAGUCCCCCCAGUAUGGAACACCCCUACAUCUUCUGGAAAAAACACCUCUGGGACCCCAGCUGCUUACAUACCCAGCUACACCUCUUGGUAUCCAUCAGCCCACCAAGAAGCCAUGCAGCAGUCCCAGCUCAUGUAAACAUGACUGCAGCCAAAUAUUUGGUGGAACCCAGAAUAAAACUGCACACAUGACAUGAUCCUAUAAAACAAAAUAGAGGAGAAGCUCAGUGCCUUGACAAGCCUGAUGAUGAUGAUGACGAUGGUGACUCCAUGUGUGGAGCACAGAUAUAUAUGCACCAUUGUGAUGGGGGCUGGUACCCAACUGUUGACACCUGGCAGAGCUGCCUCUACCCAUCCUGGCACUGGGCAGCCUGGCUGCAUGGAGUGAGGAACACAUGAUACAUUCUGAGGACAUUUGGAAGCAGAGAUGCUUGUAAUGAGGGGAACAUUAACAAGGACCCUCUUGUCUGUCUUUGUCUUUACCAAUCUGUGCUCAUCUACCCAACCUCUGUUCUCAAAAAAAAAAAAAAAAAAAAUUAAAU